ACGAUUCUUAUCCCCACUAGGAAUAAGAAUCGUUUAGGGUUCUCCGCUAGGAACGCCUGGCCUACAAUUUAGGUCCGCACACACACAAAAAAAGGAAAAAAAACGCCUGCAUUUUUAGAGUCUCGCUCUGCUAAAGCAAGCUCGACUAACAACGUUUGCCUGUUUAUCGAUCCCCUGAUGAACAAGUACAUUCUUGAGAUCGAAAGCCAGUGUCGUUGAAUGAAACAAAAAUCUAAAAAGAGAUUGAGAUACCAAUCUGAACGAUCCUAGUGCAAAGGUGGAUCGUUCAGAUUGCAGUUGAAAUGGAAUGUUUUUUUUUCGCAAUAUCCGGAUUUAAAUUGGUGAAAAGGAGCACCGAAACGUAAGUGCACUGUGCUCUCGUUGUUACUUUACAGUGGUUACCACUAAUACGCGCCCUCGAAGUGUUUUUCUCUCUGCUGAAACCUGAGCUUUCGUGGACGUCAGUCAGCUAUUUCCAUGGUUUUCUCACGCUGACAUGUUCUUCCAAGUGCUCGUGAAAUGGGGAAAGAAUCUUCCCUAGGCCAACGUGUGAAAAAAUAUGGUAACGGUUGAUUGACGUCCACCAAAACGCAGGUUUGAACCGAAGGAAAAACCCUUUGAGGGCGCGUGUUAGUGGUAACCACUGUAAGCAAAACAAAUUAUAUUUUAAAAACGUCACUUAGUGGAAGAAUUGAAAAUGGCAUAUUUUUGACGACGUAAACAUAAAUCAAACAAAGCAGAGUGCAGUAUUGAAUCAUUUUCUCUAGCAUUGAUGAAGAUACAGACAGUAACAUUUCGAAAAAUUAUAAGUAUGGAGAUACAUUUACGCCGGGAUAGUUAGACCUGAAAGAGAGGGUGAUCUAAUUAUAACAUAGUAGAUAACCCAGUGGUAUUUGGAUUGAUUGAUCUGGCUUUUAUCAACAGGAUUUUCAAGAGUGGGUGCCCUCUCUUGGGAUUAUGUUAUGUUUUGCAUUUAUAUUUACUCUGAUAAAAUUUAUUUUUUGAAAUAGGCAUCUAGAGGCCCUCUACAUAAGGCUGCAAUCAGUGGACAAUACGAGACGGUCAAAAUACUUCUUGAAAGUGGCGAAGAUGUGGAUAAAAAAGAUCAGGUUUUAGUCUUCCCCGGUCUAUGUAAAUCUAAUGUUUGUGGGUUCUUACAUUCUUUUCUUGCUUUAGUAGAUAAUCACGCGCAUGCACUUGUGUUUGGAUUAGAAGCAAGAGCCUGCACGAAACCUUUGAGUACUGUACCCUUUGCGUUCAUGAAGAAACACAGCAUUCUGAUUGACUGGUAGUGGAACAGGGCGGGAAAAUCACAAAUUCUGUUUUAGCGCAUUUUCUACAAAAAGAAUUGUAACGGCUUUAUCUUUUAUAGUCCAGUACUUGCUGAUAGUUUCUGCACAUUCUCGGAUUAGCUGUCAUUUUCUGUCAUAUUAAUAAUAUGCACGAAGAAGUUUACUGGAAGAAUUGAGGCAAUUUUCUUCAAAAGUUCUUCGUUAGGCAAGAGUAAAGCCUUUACCCCUAAAAUGCAGUAUUUAAGGCCAUGUUCUUUACCCAAGUGACUUGCUAUUAAUGUCUGAUGGCGUUUCCUAUUACAUUCAUGGGUAAAGAGCUAAAUAUAAACUGAGGUGUUGAUGUUGGAAAUGGUUUGAACCUAGUAAUCCUGUCAAUAGUAGGUCGAGUAAGUACCACACUGACAUUUUCACACUCAAAUAAUGCAGAAGUCAACGUACAUGUGAAAGUCAAGAAAAAUUCCGAAAAUCGCUUUGACGCAGGUUAUAACAAAUGUCAACUUCUGUCACCAAAAGACUAUUGGGUACUUUACUCACCCAGACGAUCAUAUCCAAACUACUUCAAUAUACGAGUUUGUAACGAUGAAUAGUUAUGGAGACUUUAAACUUGGGGAAAUGACCCGCCGUGAAAUAAUUUAGGUUUAGGCGAGACAGAAAAUGAAAAUGAUUUUUUCAUUUGUCUGGUUUUGUUUGCUCGUUUUCUCGUUUUACCAGCCUGAAAAUGUUACAACUUUAUUUUCGCAGUAUAAAAUAAGCCGUGUUGGAAUGUAACAGGCAGCCUUCUUCCAUCAAUUUCUUAUGGACAAGGACCCGUAAACUUUACGUUUGGACUCAGUUUUAGUGUUACACUUGGGGUCCUCCUUGUAAACGGAAGAAGAUAAAUUAGUCCAAUAACAGCCUUUAGUUUUACUUUAUGAAAGACCAUCAUUAUUGCUGGACAAGCUGGCUUCCUUCACUUUUUUUUAUAAUUACUUUUUUCUCCCUAUUUCUGUAGUUUUCUUUGACUCCUCUUCAUCUUGCCUGUUGGUAUGGACAGAAAUUUGUUGUCGAACUGUUGUUAGAACACGGUGCGAACGUCAACGCUAAGGACAGGGUUAGUGAAUUCUUUACAUUGAACAAUGAUAUGAGCAUAAGUAAUAAUGACGGCGCCGUCAACGAUAACGGCACAAAAGCAAUAAGUUUAUUAAGCAAAACGUCAACUUUGCGCGUGCAUCACGCUUUUUUUAAUAACUCUCUGCCGUCCAUUAUUUACGACCACGACGUGAAACUUAAUAAUUUCACGUUUUAUGUAGGACGUGAACUCAAGACAACGAUUUGAAUUUUCUUUUUCUAAACUUAGAAACAGACCUUUAGAGUAAGGUGCCGUCGCUGUCGUGGUUGCUAGGGUGCAUAAGCAACGGCGAUGGCGACGGUUACGAAAACGUCACUCAAUAGGCCACUUGCUCUAAGAGGUCACGUGACCAAUGCUUCCUUUAAACAAUGAGUUGGAAUCUUGCUGGUGCCAAAACUUGACGUUAGUUGAAGUUAAAAUUAUCUUACACCCGAAAUUUGAGAGGAAGUGCAUUUAAGGGAGAUAUUUUAUGGCACUUCGACUUUUCAACAAAGUAGUAUGAUUUGUAUUGGCCGCCAUGUUGGAUAUACUCAUCAUACUCUUGCCGUAAAACAACAUGGCGGCCAAAUAUUUCAUGCAAAGAUAUUUUUUUUGCUAUUUGGGCACGUGCAUUUGAAACUUGAAAACAGCGCCAGUGAAUAAUGAGGACGCUAACUUGUAAACAAAAUCUGGGGGGAAAAAUUGGUUAUAUUUGAGGCCCUAUUGAAAAGCCUUCACUGUUUUCAAUAGCCUGCGUAGCAGGCGCUUGGAAGUAGUGGGCACAAGAAAAAACGGGCGCGCGAGAAGGAGACACGCGAGGGGAGAGGUAGCUCCCUCACCCCUCGCGUGUCUCCCUCGCGCGCGCCCGUUCUCUCUUUCGUCGACUACUUUCAAGCGCCUGCUACGCAGGCUGUGUUUUCAAUGUUCUUGAAACUUGCAGAGUAUAUCUAUUGACGAUUAAUCUCGGAAUUCUCAAGUGUAUAAAAAAAAUUAUCGAGCGGUUUUUCGAAUAAUGCGAAAUUUGUAGGCGUGGACCAAAUUAAGUGCAAAAACUGUAACAAAAGCAGCUGAAUGCCGGUUAAUAAAAUUCUUCUAACUCGCGAUCGCCCGGAACAAUUCCCCUCUUUUUUGGUACGCAGUUUUCAAUGGAAUCAAACCACUAUGAGAUAAAGCCGCGUUUCCAAAGCUUAUCAUUUUCUUAAAAUAUUAGCUAAUUGUGUGGAUAGCAUGCCAUUUCGCUGUUUUUAUGUUUCUUAAAACUUCGUUUUAAAAUAUUUCAAAUUGUUCAAACUUUGUCAUAAUUGAGGCAAUUAUGGCAGGUACAUACUCCCUCAAGCGAUUUCUUAAAAAAAAACUCCUAGUACAGAGAAACACAAAGGUAAAUAAAAAACGUUAUGGCGUCAUUACGUUACCAUGGCGACUCCGAUUGCAAUAAAACCCAGAUCAUAGGAAAUGUUAAUAUUAUUUAAUGCAGUUGUGGUAACCUUUUUCCCAUAUCUUUACUCGUGCCGACGUAGUUAAUGCUCAAACUUGGGAGGUAUUCCCGCUAAAAAAUCCAGUCGAGCCACCUUAAUGUUAGGUGAAACGUCACGUUUGUCACGCACAAGCAUUUCAGCCGUCCCUCUUUCUGCCACGCUGUUGCGUAAAUUCAAAUUUGAGUUUUAGCAUCGACGAGGGCGACAGCAUCGAAAAUGUCACUUUUAAAAUGAACUAGCGUUUUUUUAGACUUUGUUACGUUUAUCCCAAUUCGCUGAAAAUGUCUAAUGUUAGCAAAUUUCCUUGAAGUUGAUUUCUUGACGACUGCACUUAAGUUAAGACAGAGGGAGAAAAUUUCGUCGUCGCUUGUUUACUUCCUCCAUAAAACGCAUGGUUCGCACGAUCCUUGAAAAGUCCUUGAAUUUUCUCAGAAGACCUCGAAUAUUUUUGAAAAAUCCUUGAAUGAAAAUAGCCUUCAUUUGAAAAAAAAAUGCGUAAAGGAAAGAUUUGAAAGCACUGCAAUAUGUAAAGAUUUUAGUCAUGAAAGUGUGUUUUCAUCUAAUUUCGGUGUUUCCAGCAUCAUUCAUUUGCCGUUAAGAAAGUGUUUCGCGCAAAGGAAAGAUUUGAAAGCACUGCAAUAUGUAAAGGUUUUUGGUCAUGAAAGUGUGUUUUUAUAUAAUUUCGGUGUUUCCAGCAUAGUUCAUUUGCCGUUGUUUGUAAUACCCCACAUGUAGGAACUAUGCCUUCCUGGGGAAGGUACUGCAAUCAGUGCAAUAAGCAAACCCUCCUCUACGCAUUUGGAAGUACUGAUAUUUUAAUAUUGUUUUGAAUUGGAAUGACGAUGUCAACGUAGAAACAGAACGAGCCAAACCUCUACUAAAUUUACUUAGGAUUUUAACAGUGGAUAAUGUUUAUCGCCUUCGCGAUUAAAAAUUCAUUUCUUUGUGGCAUAAAGGCAUGCUAACUGAAGUAUUUGAUGAGAUGUUUUCACCUGCUUACACACUGACUUUAAUUGGAUGGUGAGCUAACUAGAAAAUCUAACAGUUUAUUUAGCUUCUCAGCUCGCGUUUUUUAUUUCCCUUAUAUUAUAAAGUUAUAACCUAGUACAAAUUUUAGUUCUGUAAAGUUAAAAAUGUUAUUUAUCCAUGAGAUAAACAAUUAUCUAUUUAUCUAUUAUCAAAAAGGCGAAAGGCUCAGUUUUUGUUUAAUAAGAAGCUGAAACUUAAGGAGAUCGAGUAAAUCAAGAGGGAAAAGGGAAGAGUAGAUUCCGAUAUAUGUCUGAAACACCAGACAAACUUUUCUUGAAAGCAGAAGCCACAUGCAAAUUAACUUUUGUCACGCUAGCUGAUUGCCAAUUCGCUCAGAAAAACUCAAUGACAAUUACAAAAUGCAAGAAUUAGCUGACGUGGAUGCAAACAUUAAUGCCAGUUUGCAAAAGCUCAAUCAAUAGUCUAGUCAGAUUGUGUCUGUAGUAGUCACAAUCGGGACAUUUUCGACAGAUAUUGUAUUUUACUUCAUGUCAUUCUAUGUUAAAAUACGGGGAAAAAAGUCCUUAAAAAAUGAUUUUUGUCCUUGAAAAGACGUUGUUUCCCCCCCCCCCUCCUCUUCCCUAAAUUCUGUGAGAACUAUGAAACUUGAAAGUGGGCAUUUUCGUGUCGUAGUCGUGAAAUGACGACAACGAUAUGUACAAAAAAAAAACGUGGUGCACUAGCAAACUUUUGUUUUGCUUAAUAACGGCCUGUUUACAUGGAAGUGGGGGAGCCCAGGUAGGUGAGGAAACGCGCCCCCUCAUAUUAUCUCUCAAUUUAAUUUGAUCACGUUUACAUGAUAGAUGGGGUGACCCGCCACAUGUUACGUCACCUGCCUAGGGUCCCCCACCUCCAUGUAAACAGGCCCUUAACCUAUUGCUUUUGUGACGUUCUCGUUGCCGUCGCUAUGGUCGUUGCUAAAACUCCCUAUAAUCGUGGCAUGAGAUGGGUUGGGCAAGGAAAGCCGUUGUCACAUAUGAAACUCUUUACGGAGGCCAAUUGAAUUUAUCCGCCAUUUAACAAUGUAUGCCUGCUAUGUACAUGCACUUUGUAAUUGAUCUUUUUGGUUUUUCUACCGUACCAGUUGUUUUUGUUUGUUAUCCACGGGAAAAUUAGGCGUUUUAAUUUAAACAAGACUCUAUGGGAGCGUACACUUCGGCUUCGCUAUCGUAGAUCAAUUGGGAAUGCCAAGGAAUAGAAAGAAAUGGGAUGUCCUUUUAUGCAAAUACCCUUACUUUUUCAAAAUUGCAAUAGGCACGCAAUACAUGCGAAUGUAAACAAGCCAAGUGACGUGAAUGAUUGCCGUGCGCUGUGUCACAACACAGCAUUUAUCUUCAUUACAUACGACCCACAGUAAUAGAAAUCAAACUUUUUGGAAACACAAGGUACACUAAGUGAAACGGUGUGAUUGUUUUGGCUUAUUGCCAAGAGUUUGACAAUAUUUUUGCUCUCAGUUGUCGAGCACCAAAAUAUCACGCAAAAUUCCAUGAUCUCGUUCAUGACAAUUAAGGAUAACAUUAAAUGGUGCAUAAUUUCAUUGCAUAUUUUCGGAAAAGAGGUGACUUCUUGAAAUCUCAUUGAGCAAAAUGACCUUCUAAACAAGUUGCAUUCUUUCACGGUCGAACCGUAAAAGCGGCAGAGACCAACAUCUUCACUUGCAAUCCGCGUUCUAUUUUUAAAACCCUUGGGUUAAUUAAGUCAAGUCACGUUACGUCCGGCUGCUCCUUGGUUUAAACCUGAGAUCAAUGUGAAAAAGCGCAGACGCAGAAUGUGGCGUACCUCUCGUCUGACUGUUCAUGGUCAGGAAUAUUUUAGUCAGUGCAAAACCGUGAAUGAUUUAAUUCACCAGUCGAAGAUGGAAUAUUUUUCUGUUCUGGUCGUUGAUCAUCAGUUGGACCCUAAAAAAUUAUUUGCUACAGUUGACGGGUUUUUACAUUUAUUGGGCGAGAAAAAACUUCCCCAUUGUGACAACUCUCAGUUACUCGCCGAAAAAUUCGCUGAUUGUUUCACAGAGAAGAUCUUGAAAAUCAGGGCUGGUCUUGAUUCUAGGAUGAGUCAAUUAAAUGACUGAAAUUUCUAUAGUUUCUUGCUCAAACCUGAGCAAAUUUCAACCCGUUUCAUCUGAUGUACUAUCGAACAUCAUUCUCUCGACGACAUCAAAGUCCUGUGAUCUCGAACCGCUUCCUGCUUCAGUUUUAAAAGGAACUGUUGACACUGAGAUUGUUAAUUUGUCACUUGACCAAGCUCUUGUCCCUCAUGUCUUCUAAGAGCCCUUGUGAAGCCCCUAAUCAAGCAUCCAAGUUUAGACCCAGAACAAUUUCCAAAUUAUCGUCAAAUUUCAAAUCUCAUGUUUAUCUAUAAAUUAUGUGAACGGGUGGUAGCUGUUCAUCUGACCAAAUAUCCAACUGAUAAUUUCCUGAUGGAACAGUUCCAGUCCGCUCAUAAACCCAAUCACAGUACUGAAUCAGCACUUUUAAAGGUUCAAGAUGACUUUUUACAAGCCAUUGACAAUGAUCAAUGCAAAUAUUUAUUCUCCUCGAUCUCUCAGCAGCGUUUGAUGCGGUUGAUCAUUGCAGUUUGCUUUCUAGACUCACCGUCCGAUUUAGCAUAGAUGGCAAGGCGCACGACUGGUUCAAGUCAUAUCUUAGCGGGCGAAUGCACUUCGUUGCUAUCGGUAGUGCCCGCUCAUCCAGUCUGCCUUUGAAUUGUGGGUUUUCCCAGGGGUUUGUUUUUGGUCCGAUAUUAUACCUGCUUUAUGUCAACACAUUGGGUGACAUAAUGAGGCAUCACAACGUGUCUUUUCACUUUUAUGCUGAUGAUACUCACCUUUAUGUAUCAUUUAAGUCGUCUAUCUCGGGUGAUCUUUCUAGGGCACCCUCUACGUUGGAAGCCUGUGCUCCUGAUAUUAAUAAAUGGAUGUUAUGUAAUAAAACUAAAUUUAAUGAUGAUAAGACGGAGAUGCUGAAGCACCGUCCUGCUCCCCUGCUUGAUCAAAUUCAAGUAGCCACCUCAUCUGUCACCUGUUCCACUUCUUCAAAUAGUAUUAGAGUUGUUCUCGACUCGACGCUUUCACUUGACAAACACGUUACGCAAAGCUUCAAAUCUUUGUUUUACUCUAUCAGGAACAUUUCGCGCAUCAUCAAGUCUCCAGACAGCGAAGAUCCUCCUCCACGCAUUAGUUACCUCUAAGCUAGAUUAUUGUAAUUCUUUGUUUUAUGAUCUCCCUAAGAACUUAUUACAACGUCUGCAAUAUGUUUUGAAUUCUUCAGCUAGGCUUGUCACCUUGUCAAGAAAAUCAGAUCACGUUACGCCACUGCAGUUACAUUGGCUGGCUGUUGAACAGCGUAUUGAAUUUAAAGGGCUGCUUUUUACAUAUAAGGCGAUGUAAGGCAUGGCUCCUUAGUACUCAAGUGUUCUCCUAGAGCCUUACUCUGCAUUGCGUAGUUUGCGAUCUACUUCAAAACUGAACUGACGGAUAUAUCUCCCAAAAUAGUUAUUUUUUGUUAAUUGCGUUCGAGUUACGAAAACGCAACCCCUAAUUGUGUUGGGUGUUCUGUACAUUAUUAGGUGUCGUGUGCAAUUAAUAAGGGAGGUUUUUUCGAGAUUGCAUUUAUGUCGACACACAUUUGCCUCGCUUUGAGGCGAUUGCUUACGUUUUGCCUCACGUUGACGCGCUAACUCGCGUGGUGAUUCGUGUGUCCUCGUUGUUCAUCUUUCAAACAUUUGCUGAGGUCUACUAUUUGUCUUCGUGAAGCAUACAUAUUUCAAGAGUUUGCUGAAGGUCUACUAUCGAUCUCUGUUUGUUGAAUCUUCCAAAGCGUUCAACACCCUGAUUAAAAUUUUACCUUGGAUUAAGCCUUCAUAUUUUUCAGCAUGGUUCGCCACUAUCUUUGGAAAAUGUGUGCGACUCCUGGUGCAUGCGUGAAUGAAACCGAGUUGCUUAGCUCGGCGGCUGUUGUGCCACAAAGUAAAUGAUCUACUUAGUUGUGUAGCUUGGCGGCCGUUGUGCCACACAAAGUAAAUCUGCUGAGUUGUGUAGUAGCUCGGCGGCCGUUGUGCCACAAAGUAAAUCUACCGAGAUGUGAAGCUCGGCGGCGCCAUUUCAUCAUGACUUGCGAUAUUUUCGGCACUGGACAAACGAACAUCUUGCAGGGGCACCCAGCGACUGUUUUCUAUAAACUAUCUGUUCGGAGAAGCAAAUAUUGACUAAAAUUUUCUAUUUCUUGAGGUCGGCUAAAAAUUGCUAGGUGACUAGUCCAUUCACGUGCAAUAGUCCAGUUUGGAAUUAAAAAUUACCGCUGAAUACAAACAUUAACAGCACAUUUAUACAGGGUUAGCCUCGACGUAAAGUAAAAUAUUCAGAAAUUCCGGCAAGUAAGUGUUUAAAAUUUGAGUAUACACAAUAGACAGAGUAAUAAACAGGUCUUUUUCUCGUUGGAAUCUGUGAAUAUAUUACUUCAGAUGGAGGCUAAGCCUGUAAAAAAUGCGUCUUCACUUCUUUAAUUCAGCGGUCAAAGCGAACUCGAAACUGGACUAUUUUCGAAGCUUACCUAACAAAUUCCCCACGAUUUUCUGAAGUUUAGUCAGUUCACAUUUCACUCCCCAGGUUUAGUUAUUUUAAUACAGACCUUUAGCAUCAGGCAAACCGCAGUCACGCGUUUGCAGUUUCGCGUUGCUUUAACAAGGCGUUCAGUUCAGUUCAGUUCAGUUCAGUUCAUUUUUAUUUAGCCAAAUUAUAAUACAAUACAAGAAUACAUGUAGGAAUUGUAAGAUUGCAAGGGAGCCCAGAAGAAACCAGAAGGAUUUAUGAAGCCUGGGCUCCCCAAUCUCAAAGAAAUAAGAAAAAUAAAAUGAAAUCGCGGAGUGAUGCGAUAAAAAUAGGAACUAAACAGAGACUGAGUUAAGCUAUGAAUUCAGUAACAAGAUAGAAAAAAAAAUGUAAUUCUGGGUUGGAACAGAAUACUUUCCUUUGUUAGUACGGCAGAAAGGAACCUAAAAUUGAUUUGAACUACGCGUUCAUUGUUUAGGGCCGCCAUGUUGUUUUCAUCAAGUCGAAGUGCAUCACUUUAAUCGCCCAAAAAUCAGCAAUAAUUCAUUGUUUGGGGAUCAAAAAUCCAACAAACACAUCGCAAACGGAUAUAAAAAGCUAGUUCAUACCUUUAAACGCGAGGCUGUAUAAUUUUUUGUGGCAAAAAACCAUGCCGUAAAUCACUUACCGCUAGAAGCCCUUCCUGCCGUUCAAACGUGAACUGCAAACUGCAAACGUGACCGCAAGGCAGUGGUCACGUGACAUUUUGCGGUUUGCAGUUUCCCAUGAAAAACGUGAUGCCAAAGGUCUCUUAUCAUAGUAAAAAGGAAACCUAAAAUUUUCGGAUUCAAUAAUGCCAUGAAGAGGGGAAUUAGAAAAAUUUUCACUUUCGUAAAACAUUAAAUUGCAUCUAAAAUUUUCGGGAAAGUAAUACUGAAGCCCUAAUAAUUUCGAAAAGACUUAACUUGCCCUAGGAUGACCGAACAGAUACAAAUUUUAUAGCGCCGCUGAGAAUUCAUUUCUUGAGAUCUAAAAGUACUCUGGAUAGCCUAAAAAGUGUUUUCAAUGUAUUUAGGAGAAAACCGUCGUUGGGUGCCCCUGUUUAGCUCUACGUUAUUUAUUCGGAAAAACUUAUAAACCAGAAGCGCCUCUCAAAUCACUGAAAUCAACACACUCGACCAAAUUACUGAAAAAGUGAUUGUCGUGAUGACACAUAUUGCAGCAAAGGCUUUGAUGAUUCCCUUGAAACGUCUGAGAGGUGUAGUGUAAGUGAAGCAGUGCUCAAACACAAUUCAUUGUGCUCCAGCGUUCACCACAAAAAAUGUGGUCUUGGGUCCUUAAUAUCAACACAAAUUAAGACGAAUUGCCAGAAACGGUUUCAUUUCAUAGUAAAUUUCAGGUAUUGUCCACAUGUGGAAUCCCCAAUAAAUAAAAUUAAUGAGUACAUCUAAAAUGUUGUCAACUGUUUGCUUUUUAACAAUACCUGGCCCGAGUUGUUGGAAGGUGGUUAAGAUAACCCAGGGUUAGUGCAAAAUCUGAAUUCAGAUGUGAAAGCUUGAAAAGUAAAUUCAGUUUAAUUCGUUUUGUCAACAAGUUGAUGAUUGGAUGCUCUUAAAAAUAACAGACUGAAAAUUAUCCGAAGAAAUGUUUUUGAACAAAAGAAAAAGAAACCCGGGUUAAGCGCCAAUCAGGCCUUCGAGCUACUGCGCCCUGUAGAACAUCUAUUGCACGUUCUAUAUCUUUACACACCCGACGCACUUCGGCCAGUGUCUCCUCAAAUUACAAGCACUUGAGACGAACCAUACGAUAUCACAAGCCUUUAAAACCUUUUCAUAAUGAGAUACAGUUUAAACAGAGAUUUCGCUGUACGCAACCCUUUUUAAAAAUAUGCCAUAAUCAUAUUUAUCUAUCGCAAGAACCAUCCAAUCUUCCCUCUCAACUGCUACCUGUACGCCUAACAAACAUGUCGAACGCACUCUCCUAAGCUCCGAUUACUCCUUGUUAAUAUUAAAUUCUAUGAGAACAAGUUUCGCUGAUUAACAAACUACAGCCAUUAUCUUACCAAUUCACGUCCAGUAUAACUCCACUCCUUCCACUUCACGUAUCUCAGCCAACCGCUAAAAUAUACAACGCCACUGCACUACUUACACAUCCCUAAUACACAUGAAAAAAACCUCUCACUCGCGUAGUACAUCAACACCCAAAUAUACGCUCCCACAGCGUCUUCUUUUAAGCUUACUUUAGGCCGUAGUACAGAACCGAAACUUUGAUCUAUCAGCCGGAAAUUUAACCGGCAAACUAAUAAAUUUCUCGGUGUAAAUUGAAUUUCAGGCUAGAUUUCAGGGGAAAAGACAAGGUUUCGACAAUAAAAAGCCAAACUGAAACGCACUUUCAGCACUUUAGAGAAGCGUAUCGCGCGAAAUAACAAGACAUAAACAAAUUCGUCUGCGAAGUGAUCGAUUUACGUUCGUAUUCUGAAGCUACUAGCCCAAAUUUCUCCAAUGUUUCUGCAAAAUACUUUUGCAGUCAUUAUUUAUAGCCAAGAUAACAAAUAAGAAUAAGAAAAAUCAAGAUAUCUCGAACUAAUUCCGAAGCAACUUCGGAACAUCCGAAUGCAACUUUUAAACAUUCCCCGGCGAAUCCUUUACUUCUCGCUGCGCCAAAGUAAAAUUAAUUAAAUUAAAAAACUUGAACUUAAAACAAUAACUCAUACAAUUGUUUUUUUGUUGUUUUUAAUAUAUAUUUUUAACAUCAUCACAUAUUGCAAAAACCUUAGAAAAGAAAUGUUUUAGUUUUUGCAAACGUGUUAGUUUUCCAUUGCUAGACAACGUUUUGUCUUGAACGUUUCUUCGUGCAUUCCAAUACAUUUGCUCCAAUUCCAUCCGUGAUAUCCUUUAGUCCCACCUGUGUCACGUACAGUACACGUUAGUGGUACUNAUCAAGAUAUCUCGAACUAAUUCCGAAGCAACUUCGGAACAUCCGAAUGCAACUUUUAAACAUUCCCCGGCGAAUCCUUUACUUCUCGCUGCGCCAAAGUAAAAUUAAUUAAAUUAAAAAACUUGAACUUAAAACAAUAACUCAUACAAUUGUUUUUUUGUUGUUUUUAAUAUAUAUUUUUAACAUCAUCACAUAUUGCAAAAACCUUAGAAAAGAAAUGUUUUAGUUUUUGCAAACGUGUUAGUUUUCCAUUGCUAGACAACGUUUUGUCUUGAACGUUUCUUCGUGCAUUCCAAUACAUUUGCUCCAAUUCCAUCCGUGAUAUCCUUUAGUCCCACCUGUGUCACGUACAGUACACGUUAGUGGUACUGUUAUGUUUCCUCUUUAUCUCCUUCAUAUUUAAGCGUCUACUCCAUCGCUUAUACACCAAUUACGGAAUGAUAAUGAGCCACUUUUCAACUGUCAAAGGGGUUUCAUGAAUUGUAAUACACCUUUAACAAAACGGGAUUAUUACUAAUAUACUUCCUAUAAGACCAACUCAACGACUACGGGAGGAUACGUUUUAUGCUUUAAGGUUAUCAUUUGAUCUUGUUACACAGCAGUUAAUUUAGCUCAUGCUACAGCACUUAUGUCCAGGUUGUGGUAAGCAACAAAUGUUACUCUGCUUAAAAUGCUUUCAGUUUCGACGUACACCUCUGCAAAAAGCUGAACGUCAAAAUCACAACUCCAUAGUGCAGUUGCUGCUGAAGAAUGAUGCCAGGCCAAGUCUUCAUCAACCAGUAAGAUGUCAGAUUUUUUCUCCUUAAUUCAUCUGGCAAAACGUCGUCUUUGGGAUGGAGUUCUUUAACAGUUUGUUAUUCAUUUACCUAAAAUCGCGAACGUUUGUUUCGUUAACGGUUGAACAUUUAUUAGAAUUCUCACAUUUUGCCAAAUGGACUAGUACAUACAAUCGGCGACAAAAUUACUUGUCAUCGAAGAAAUUCUUUGCAAUUUGCUCAGUGACACGACAUACUUUAGCAAGAAAAAGAAAUCCUUUCUCCUUCCUCCAUUCUUUGAGAUGGCGAAAACAGCGGCUGCGGCCGCUUUUUGGAGGUGGCCGCUUAAUCGUUGUCUCAUUUGAAGGUCUUUUCUACAAUUAUUUUGGAACUUUGAUCACUGGCAGCUUAAUAGGGGGUGGUUACUUAAUGUAGGUUCAACUGUAUGCUGUGAAUAUUCUUGGCUUGCCACCAGGUGAUAAGGCGGCCAUGUUGGUGGUGUGUUUGUGGUCAAUACAAUUUUCCCUCGAAGAAUUUACAUGAAAAUAGGGUUUAGUUCCCAAAGGAGAGAAAUGCUUUUGUUCUUAACCAGGGUGCAAAGAAAAUCAUUUUUACAGCUUGGCAUUCGGGCAAGCUGAAGCUAGCAUUUACUAGCCCAGACGCCAUUGCAACUAACUACAAAAGCUCUUUGGCGAGUAGAAUUGAUCUCACAGUUCUUCAGUUAUUUGAAUUCCUUAAAAAAAAAUCACUUGCCCGUCGGGCAAGUUAAAAACAGAGUUUACUAGCCCGAUUGCAAAAUCCACCGCUUGUUUUUAGGCGAAAGCGAGGCCAAGACAAACAAACAUGAGAAAACUGCGGAUGAGUUGCUGAAGAAAAGGAAAAUUUGAAACGUUGAAAGGUUUUGGAGGUCUCAAACCUUACUUACAGGCUUGAGAAAUCAUUGUUUUAAACAGCAAAAGGAAAAUCAGCUCGUCAUCACUGAGAAAAACAACCGAACCUAACCAGAAACUGACUGAAAUAGUGGUCGGUGAGUGAGUUCAAUAAAAAUGGGAAGAUGGUUUCAGAACCUUAAACAAGGUAAUACCCUGAAGCCAUUUAAUGUUAUUUUCAGUGGUGGUUAAAACUUCUUUAAGCCACACCUUCCAUUAUAGUGUAAUUACUUGUCGAAAGCCUGCAAGUUAAACUGAAACCUUCUUUUUAGUAGACAUUUUUUCUAACGGGGCGAGUGCAAAAUCUUGUGUAUUUGAAAAAAAAUAAACCGACGGGGCAGACGUUCGCCAUAAAUGCCUUGCACUGUAAGGAAGUUAAAUCGGUUUAAACGAAGAUGACUAAAAUAGUAUAAGUUUAUUUAUACAUAAGCUUAAAUUUAGCUUACAUUAUUAAUCAAAAUAUUCAGUCACAUAAGGAAAAACGUACGCACAUUUCGCUCCACAAGAACUCGAACACAGAAUUUUUUACAGACGAUAUACUGAGCAGCUUAAACGCCGUUUUACAGAUAUACACAAAAGUAAAAUAGAAUACUAAGAAGUAAGAUAAUUAGAGAAAGUAAAUCAUUGUCAUUUUAACACACUUUACCCUUUUCAAGCUUGAAAAGUUUACUUCUUCUUUUAGCUUCGUCGCUUUUUCCUUUCUUCUGUUAAGUACGAUCAUCUUUUCCCACAAUUUGCAGCAGAUAUCCCUUUGGCUUACUGGUAAAGUUUAAGCUUUGAAAUUUUACUAUUUUUAAGAUUUCUGUCGUUUUCCAGCGACUCAGCGGCAAUUUUUGUUUUUGCAAAGAAGUUGACCCGCGUUAGCAUUUUUUUUUUCAGUAUAAACCCAACUGUUCAAGGAAACAUUUUUAGACAGAAUUCGUUAUUCAUGGAAUAACUUCCCAGAGAACCUUAGAACUGAAGACCUAAGCCUCUCUUGCUUCAAAAAACAUUGCAGAGAUUUUUACAAGAAUGGGGACUUUGAUCCUGGGCAUAAAAUCGUAGUUUUGUCUUUUGACAUAAUUAGCAGUUUAUAUGUGUUACUUUUUGGAGAAUCAUUUCUUUUUCUUUCCUUAAUUUUACAUUGUAAGACAAGCUCGUAUGGUUCUUAGUUCUGUUCCCUACUGGUGCUUCUCUGCUUCUUUCUUCCUGUCUGAUUGUAUGCAGUGUAAAUGGCUUAAAUUAAAACGUAUCUCUGCAAUACAGGUGACGCCGGGUUUAUCUAUUACCUGCCAAAAAGGUAGUUAAAAAUGUGUCCAACGAAUUGUUAAUUAUUUUCGCUCAUGAACAUGAUCAUUUUCUUCAUAGGUAAGUCUAAAGAAACUCUCAAGAGUAGAAGAAGCUGAUGAACAGGCUGCCGUCUACAGGGGAGAAUAUCACCCACUUGAUAAUUUUGUAGAAGGGAUGGAACUUGUAAAAACGGGAAAUAACGCCAAAGUUUUUCCGGGGAAUAGCGCAGUCUUAUCACUUUUAGAGAGGGAAGAACCAGGAGAACCAGGUCAUUAUUUUAUCGAAAGUCGUUAUAAUGAUUGGGCAAAGGACAGCAGCAGUCUGACUGAGCUGCAGCGGGCUACGUGUCAUGAGGAUGCGGAACAGGCAGUUGAACUUGUAUUAAAUGACGGUGUAGAUAUUAAUGCCCGAGCGUCAGACAAUGAUUACACAGCUUUGUUGUGGGCGAGUCGUUCAUCCUCAAGUCAGUUUAUUGAGACCCUCAUUGAUCUUGGGGCCGACGUUAAUGCCCAAAGGACAGAAAGCAAAGAAACACCACUAAUGUUAGCAGCUAACUGGAACAACAACAUGGCAGCAAGCUUAAUUGUAAAGCAUGGAGCUGAUGUAAAUGUUCAGGAUAGGUACGGAUAUACAGUACUUUUCACGUUAGUCAGCUCUGUUAACGAAGAACUCGUCAAAUUGAUGCUUGAAUACAACGCGGAAGUAAAUAUUCAAGAUAAUGAAGGAAAAACACCACUACACUUUUUAGACGACGAGGUUGAAGAAAACGUUGUAAGAUUGCUGCUUGAACACAAUGCGGAUGUCGAUAUUCAAGAUAAUGAGGGAAAAACACCACUACACUAUUUAGUCGACGAGAAUGAGGAAUACCUUGUAAGAUUGCUACUUGAGCACAACGCGGAUGUAAAUAUUCAAGACAUUAAAGGAAAAACACCACUACACUAUUUAGUCGGCGAGAAUGAAGAAUACCUUGUAAGAUCGCUACUUGAACACAACGCGGAUGCAAAUAUUCAAGAUAAUGAAGGAAAAACACCACUACAUUAUUUAGUCGGCGAGAAUGAAGAAUUCCUCGUAAGAUUGCUACUUGAACAUAACGUGGAUGUAAAUAUUCAGGAUAUGAAUGGAGUAACACUACUGCAUCUGUCAGUCGAUGAAGAUAACGAAACUUUCGUAACCAUGCUACUUGAACUCAACGCCAAUGUAAAUAUUCAAGAUAAAUAUGGAAAUACACCACUACAUAGGUCAGUCGUAAGGGGGAACGUAAAUAUCGUGAGAUUGUUACUUAAACACAACGCAGAUGUAAAUAUUCAAGAUAAUAAAGGAAAAACACCACUACACUAUUUAGUCGACGAGGAUGAAGAAUUCCUUGUAAGAUUGCUACUUGAACAUAACGCGGAUGUAAAUAUUCAAGAUGGAGAAGGAGCAACACCACUACACCUGUCAGUCGAUGAAGGAAACGAAGCUGUCGUUGCCAUAUUACUUGAACACAGCGCGGAUAUAAAUAUUGAAGAUAAUGAUGGAUAUACACCCCUUUACCAGGCACUUGUAAUUGGUGACGUAACUCUCGUGAAGCUGUUAAUUGAACACAACGAAGAUGCAAGUAGUUACAGGACUGCCACUUCCAGACCACCCCUAAUACACUUUUUCCCCUGAUUCUUAUGGUUAUCUUUGUCAUAAUUCUCUGAGUAUAAAUCGACUCUGUUAAUUCUCUGUUUUCCAUUUCUGUCAUUUAACAAAAUUUGAUUUGAAAAAGUUAAUUUCAGAACGAAAAUAAAAUCAAAUUAAUUUCCUUUCAUUUACUAACGGAGAAUACUCUAUAGGGAAAAAAACUAGGAGAAUCAGGGAAAAAUGUGUAUUUGGGGUAAUAUGGAGUGGUAAUCUAUAACUACUCUAGUUACUUCAAUGAGUUGCACUGUACUAUAUUUAAUAGUUUUCCGUCGGUAGAAGAUGUCGAGGAAAGCGACGAUUCCCGUUAUUUUUAAUAAGCAAAUUCAAAAACUUAUUAAUAAUUCAUAAGUACAUUGACCUAUCGAUUGGUAGAUAAUACAUCACGUGCAGUGACAUUAUAUCUUAUAAAACCUCCUCUUAUUAGAAUGCAGUGUUUUAUCAAAUUGUAUGUCUCUACAUGUGACUUAUGAACAUUCAUUAAAGAAUAACAACUGACACAACAAAUGGUGGAUGGUUAUUUAAUGUUCUUUCAAAAUAACACACACAGUAAAUUUGCUAUUACACAAAAUUAAACUUGUUAUUUCAUCAAUUUAAUCAGUCAAAAUUCAGUGACUCAGCGGUAAUAGCAGCGCUAAAGCAGUGUCCAAGCGUUGCACUCAAGACCUUUUUGUUUACCUCCAUUCGGUCAUUCCAGAACAAUAUUUUCAAGACUACUUUUUCAUUGCAAUAGACCCUUCUACCGAUAUGGCGGCCAUAUUGAAUUUAUUAGAUUUACGGAGUAUUAUGGGAUGCCCAGGGGGCACUCGCUCAGUAUUUACGCGCGCUUUUUGGGCAAAAAGAGAACUUCAAUGUGUAUUUCUCAGGAAAAAGGCGAUCAUUAUUGCAUCCAAACACAGCACAACGAUCUUUUUUCCCAUUACAAUCUUUUUCUAGGAGAUCUAAAAAAAAUUGUCCCGAAAAGCGCACGUAAAUACUGAGCGAUUAUAUCGGAUCGUGCUCGUGCCCCCCUGGGCAUCCCAUAGUACUCCUUAAAUUUAAUUAAUUCAAUAUGGCCGCCGUAUCGGUAAAAAUGUCUAUGGUUGACUAUGGAGUAUUAUUUUCGAUUAACCUCCUCUCUUCCUCGGCAUUCAUGAUUAUGAUUAUUAUAAUGAUUAUUAUUAUCAUUAUUAGUUAUUAUUAUUACCGGGCUGCCUCAAGUUAAGUCCAGUCAGAUCAUAAAUCACCUUCCGUUCGGUCGUCCCCGUAAUAUUUGGACACUUACAUACGGGUAUUGUUAAUGUUGACCAAGUUUAACCCGGAGGGCGUUGCUUGUUUCGACAAAGCAUAGUUUCCCAUUUCAGCGCCGUACUGCAGAUUGCCUUUUCAUUUCUAUACUUCCUUCUGUUUAAUGCAACACACGCCUUUUUAGAAGUCUAAAGUGCUUCUCUGCUUCUUUCUUCCUGUCUGAUUGUAUGCAGUGUAAAUGGCUUAAAUUAAAACGUAUCUCUGCAAUACAGGUGACGCCGGGUUUAUCUAUUACCUGCCAAAAAGGUAGUUAAAAAUGUGUCCAACGAAUUGUUAAUUAUUUUCGCUCAUGAACAUGAUCAUUUUCUUCAUAGGUAAGUCUAAAGAAACUCUCAAGAGUAGAAGAAGCUGAUGAACAGGCUGCCGUCUACAGGGGAGAAUAUCACCCACUUGAUAAUUUUGUAGAAGGGAUGGAACUUGUAAAAACGGGAAAUAACGCCAAAGUUUUUCCGGGGAAUAGCGCAGUCUUAUCACUUUUAGAGAGGGAAGAACCAGGAGAACCAGGUCAUUAUUUUAUCGAAAGUCGUUAUAAUGAUUGGGCAAAGGACAGCAGCAGUCUGACUGAGCUGCAGCGGGCUACGUGUCAUGAGGAUGCGGAACAGGCAGUUGAACUUGUAUUAAAUGACGGUGUAGAUAUUAAUGCCCGAGCGUCAGACAAUGAUUACACAGCUUUGUUGUGGGCGAGUCGUUCAUCCUCAAGUCAGUUUAUUGAGACCCUCAUUGAUCUUGGGGCCGACGUUAAUGCCCAAAGGACAGAAAGCAAAGAAACACCACUAAUGUUAGCAGCUAACUGGAACAACAACAUGGCAGCAAGCUUAAUUGUAAAGCAUGGAGCUGAUGUAAAUGUUCAGGAUAGGUACGGAUAUACAGUACUUUUCACGUUAGUCAGCUCUGUUAACGAAGAACUCGUCAAAUUGAUGCUUGAAUACAACGCGGAAGUAAAUAUUCAAGAUAAUGAAGGAAAAACACCACUACACUUUUUAGACGACGAGGUUGAAGAAAACGUUGUAAGAUUGCUGCUUGAACACAAUGCGGAUGUCGAUAUUCAAGAUAAUGAGGGAAAAACACCACUACACUAUUUAGUCGACGAGAAUGAGGAAUACCUUGUAAGAUUGCUACUUGAGCACAACGCGGAUGUAAAUAUUCAAGACAUUAAAGGAAAAACACCACUACACUAUUUAGUCGGCGAGAAUGAAGAAUACCUUGUAAGAUCGCUACUUGAACACAACGCGGAUGCAAAUAUUCAAGAUAAUGAAGGAAAAACACCACUACAUUAUUUAGUCGGCGAGAAUGAAGAAUUCCUCGUAAGAUUGCUACUUGAACAUAACGUGGAUGUAAAUAUUCAGGAUAUGAAUGGAGUAACACUACUGCAUCUGUCAGUCGAUGAAGAUAACGAAACUUUCGUAACCAUGCUACUUGAACUCAACGCCAAUGUAAAUAUUCAAGAUAAAUAUGGAAAUACACCACUACAUAGGUCAGUCGUAAGGGGGAACGUAAAUAUCGUGAGAUUGUUACUUAAACACAACGCAGAUGUAAAUAUUCAAGAUAAUAAAGGAAAAACACCACUACACUAUUUAGUCGACGAGGAUGAAGAAUUCCUUGUAAGAUUGCUACUUGAACAUAACGCGGAUGUAAAUAUUCAAGAUGGAGAAGGAGCAACACCACUACACCUGUCAGUCGAUGAAGGAAACGAAGCUGUCGUUGCCAUAUUACUUGAACACAGCGCGGAUAUAAAUAUUGAAGAUAAUGAUGGAUAUACACCCCUUUACCAGGCACUUGUAAUUGGUGACGUAACUCUCGUGAAGCUGUUAAUUGAACACAACGAAGAUGCAAGU